AUGUCUACUAGACUUCAAAGAACAGCAGACAAAUCACUUAAUGAAAAACAUGCAAAAAUUCUUAAAGAUUGCUUACAAAAACCUGAAAAUAAGAAUUGUGCUGAUUGCAAAAGAAAAGAUCCACGAUGGGCAUCUUGGAAUUUAGGUAUUUUUGUUUGUAUAAAUUGUUCAGGAGUACAUCGUUCAAUGGGCACUCAUAUUAGUCGAGUCAAGUCUGUCGAUUUAGAUAAUUGGACUCCAGAACAAGUAGAGGGAUUAGAAGCUUUGUUAGAAUAUGCUUGGUCCACCAUUUUUAUACAUAAUAAAGUAAAGGUUCAUUCAAGAUCUUAUAAUAUUGAUUCCAUUAUUCAAAGAUAUUGGGAAGCUAAUUUAAAAAAUAGCAAACCGUCUGAAAGAUCCAAGUAUGAAGCGAAGAAAUGGGCAAUGAGUGGCCCUAUACCCGAUCCAGACACCUUUAAUGACAAUGCUUAUUUAUCAGAAUCUACUUCAGAAAAAACUUUAGAAAAAACUUCAAGAGAAGAAAUUAAAAAUGAAAAAAGUCCCAAAAUUCAAAAUAAAGAAAACAAUACUUUUGAUCUUUUUAUGUCAGCACCACAAUCAUCAUCCUCUAAUAAUGUUUCUUCACAACAACAUCAACAAAAAAAUUCUUCAAAACUUCACGGAUCAGAAUUUUUUUCUAUAGGAAAACAAUCAACCUUCACCGCAUUGGAUUCAAAGAAUUUAAUGAUACCUCAAGGUGGUCAAUACUUUACAACUUUUUCUUCUUCUUCUCAACAAUCUUUAUCAAAUAAAUCCAUUUCUUCUCCUACCAUAGAAACAAAACCUUCAUCAAAACAUAACGA